AUGGCCAAGGAGAGUUUGGAAUCAGGCCUCUCAUGGGAGGUGAGGGCAAACAGCCGCCACUUCCACAAACCCAAGCAGAAGAAAUCCUUUUUGUGCUUCCGCUGGGGACUAUAUGCGGACAAUGUACUGCGCAGCCACAAGUUCUCCCCCCUGACCUUUCUGCCCAUGACGCUGUUUGAACAAUUCCAGCGGGUGGCAAAUCUCUAUUUCCUUCUCAUGGUGGUGAUGCAGUGUGUCCCUGCCAUAGCCUCCGUGCCGUGGUACAUCACCGUCAUCCCGCUGCUCCUCGUGCUCCUCGUGCGAGGCUGCAAAGACCUCGGCAAUGACAUGGCAAGGAGACGCAGUGACUCUCAGAUUAACUCCCGACCCUGUGACAUACUCAUCUCCCAGAGUUUCCACCCGCUACAGUGGAAGGACCUGUGUGUGGGAGACGUGCUGCGAAUCCACAGAGACCAAGUCAUCCCAGCAGACCUUCUCCUCCUGUACAGCUCCGAGCCUCACAGUUUGUGUUAUGUGGAGACGGCCGACAUCGACGGUGAGAGCAACCUCAAGUACCGGCAGGCGGCCGGUGUCACACACUCUGAGCUGGCCUCUCUCCCCGUAGAGGAGACCCUUGCUGCAUUCGAUGGUGUUGUGCAUUGUGAGGAGCCAAACAAACGCCUGUACACCUUCAGAGGAGAGCUGCACUGGCGGGGAGAGUGUCAUCUGCUGGACAACGAGCACAUCCUCCUGCGGGGAACAGUCCUCAAAAACACAGAGGUUGCUUAUGGCCUGACCAUAUACACUGGCGCGGACUCCAAGAUCCUGAAGAACUGCGGAAAACUUAGAGUGAAGACGACGCAAACUGAGAAAGUUUUCAACUUCGUGGUGAUCGGGAUAGUCGUGACUUUGCUGCUGAUAGCUCUGCUUCUCGCCAUCGGCAGUGGUGUGUUUUCCAGUUGGGUCAUGGGCCACUCAGAUGAUUUGGUGGUUAACGGUAAUCCAGUCUACACCGGCUUCCUAGCCUACUGGAGCUACGUCAUCCUGCUCAGCCCAGCCAUGCCCAUAGCCCUCUACAUCACGUUUGAGAUGAUCCACACAGUCCACAGCCUCUUUAUAGGCUGGGAUAUCGAGAUGUAUUGGCAGCAGGCGGACAGAAAGGCCGAGGCCAGGAACACCUCGCUGAACGAGGAGCUCGGCCAAGUGGAAUACCUGCUGAGCGACAAAACCGGGACGCUAACUCAGAACCAUCUGCUCUUCAGACAGUGCUGCAUAGCUGGGCAGAUCUAUGGUAACUAUGACAAAAUACCGAUGGACUUGAGCUGGAACCCGUUCUCGUGCGGUGGUCUGUGCAUGUCUGCUCCGAGCCUUGUGGAGAAGCUCAGAGUUGAGCAGUGUCCACUCAGCAGAGAGUUCCUUACUGCACUGUCUCUGUGUCACACUGUCAUGACAGAGUGGAAGGGAGAGUCUCCGGUUUAUCAGUCUGCAUCCCCGGACGAGGAGGCUCUUGUCGGUGCAGCCAGGGAGCUGGGCUGGGUCUUUCUCUCUCGGACUAGAGACUUCAUGAAAGUCUCUGAGCUCGGGGUCACUCGACAGUAUCAGCUGCUGGCGCUGUUGGACUUCACCAGCAAGAGGAGAUGCAUGUCUGUACUGGUUCGGGAGCCAGAGGGUGGGUUAAAGCUGUACAGUAAAGGGGCAGACAUAGUGAUCUUGGAGAGACUGCAGAAGGACUCGCCGUAUCAAGAAUGGACUGAAAGAGCGCUUGAGCUGUUUUCUCAGGCCUGUCUGAGGACGUUGUGUGUUGCGGUUCGAUCUGUUCCUGAGGCAUUGUGGAUGCAAUGGAGUAAAACUCUGGCCGGGUCUGCUGCCAUGGCGACCUGUGACCGUGACGCCGUGCUGGAAAAGCUGUAUGAUGAGAUGGAGCAAGAGAUGCAGCUCCUGGGGGUGACAGCUAUCGAAGACCGGCUCCAGGAGGGCGUCCCUGAGACUAUUGCUCUUCUCAAACAGGCUGGGAUUAAAGUAUGGGUACUAACUGGGGACAAAAAAGAGACUGCUGUGAAUAUUGCAUAUUCUUGCAAACUACUAGAUCCUGAUACCAGAUUACUGGAAUGGCAGGAGCUAAGGCAGAUACUCCAGGCCCCAGACCCAGGGGCCAGUUUCUCCAAGGCCCCGCACAUGGAGGUGUGGGCUGCAGACUUGAAGACGGCUGAGGCGAAGACUGCUGUGGUCCUCACUGGACCUGAGCUGGCUGAGUUCGAUCAGAGACCAGAAUGGGGGUCCACGUUCAUGAGGGUGGCAAAACAGUGUCAGUCGGUGCUGUGCUGCCGUGUGACCCCCGGACAGAAGGCGGACAUCGUCACGUUGGUCAGGAAACACACCAGCUCAGUCACCAUGGCCAUCGGGGACGGUGCCAAUGACGUAAACAUGAUCAAGACGGCUCAUGUGGGUGUGGGACUGGCAGGAGUGGAAGGAGGUCAGGCGGUGCAGAGCGCAGACUUUGCUUUGUCCCAGUUCAGGUUCCUGCAGAGGCUGCUACUGGUCCACGGGCGCUGGUCGUACAGGCGUAUUUCCCUCUUCCUGCGCUACUUCCUGUUCAAGACCUGUAGCUUUGCUCUUGUGCACAUAUGGUUUGGCUUCUUCAAUGGCUUCAGUGCUCAGACUCUGUAUGAGACGUGGUUCAUCGCCAUGUACACAGUCUUGUACACAGCUUUCCCAAUUUUGAGUCUGGCCUUCCUUGAACAGGACGUUAGUGCAGAGAGCAGCCUGAAGUGGCCGGAGGUGUACAAGUCCGGACAGAGACAGGAGCUCUCCAGCCCUCUGAUCAUUUCCUUGUCGCUCCUCCAUGCCGUCUACUCUUCGCUCGUUCUCUUCUUCAUCCCGCUUGGAGUUUUCUACAACACAGCCUAUGACUACCAGACCAUGUCUGUCACUGUCUCCAUGGCAGCCACGUUCACUGCCACAAUUGAGAUCAUGCUGGUGACCAGAUACUGGACGAGGAUCAAUAUCGCAACUGUGGGUGUCUCUGUGGUGCUGUACUUCAUUGUCACCAGCAUCACUCAGAGCAGAUUCCUGUUUCAGAGAUCGCCAACCGACUAUUUUUUUAUUGGCACAUCUCAAAAGGCCUUCAUCGAUCCGGUUGUGUGGCUCACAGCUGUGCUCACUGCCUGGACGGCUGUUUUGCCUUCGUUUACCUCUCACGCUCUCUCUGUCAUCCAAACGGCCCAUGACAAACAUAAGGUCCACAGUGUGUCCCUCCAGCCGACGGCGCUGAAGACAAGUUUCAGGAGGGGCACGUCCCUCCGCCGCUCCUCUUACGCCCUCUCUCAGGGAGCCGGGCCUGGGCGCCUCAUCACCUCCGGGACCUGCAUCCGCAGAACAGCACCCCUGGUGGAGGAGAAGGCAGCUUGGGACCGGUAG